UCAACAUUGGCUCUACACUUUUUGACAUCAAGAGAGUUGUCAAAACAAUUAGUUAUAUAUUAAAUAAUAAAUAAUAGUAAUAAUAAUAAAAAAAUAAUUAAAAUAUAAUGACAAGUUCACAAUCAACAAGUGGACCAAAUUUAUUACGUUCAACUGGUUUAAAAUGUAAAGAUUUACAUGAAUAUUUAAAAUCAAGAUCACCAGAAUUAUUAACAGAACUUUAUCAAAAUCCACCAAUAUGUCUUGCUGUAUUUCGUGAAUUACCAGCUCAUGCUAGACACUAUGUUAUGAGAUUGUUAUUUAUUGAUCAAUCAGUACCUACAGCUGUUGUUGAAUCAUGGUGUUCAAAACUUGAUUCUGAAGAGCACAGAAGAGUCAUUAAAAUAUUAUGUGAAUUAAAUAUAUUUAAAGAAUCACGGGUACCUGGUGGUUUACCUACUUGGACAUUAAAUUUAACAUUUAAAAAAAAUCUUAAAAUUGUAUUACUUGGUGGUGGUAAACCAUGGACAAUGUCAAAUCAACUUGACACUGAUAGUAAACCAAGAGAUGUUGCAUUUUUAGAUUCAUAUGCCAUUGAAAGAUGGGAAUGUGUAUUGCAUUACAUGGUUGGAUCAAAACAACAAGAAGGAAUAUCUGCUGAUGCUGUGAGAAUAUUGCUUCAUGCUGGUUUAAUGAAUCGUGAUGAAGAAGAUGGUAGUCCAAUUAUAACACAAGCUGGAUUUCAAUUUCUUCUUCUAGACACUGCAUCACAGGUUUGGUAUUUUAUACUUCAAUAUUUGGAUACAAUUGAAGCAAGAGGAUUAAAUCUCGUUGAAUGUUUAACAUUUUUAUUUCAACUAAAUUUUUCAACACUUGGAAAAGAUUACAGUACUGAAGGUAUGACAGAUGGUUUGCUAGUAUUUUUACAACAUCUCAGAGAAUUUGGUCUUGUUUAUCAGCGUAAAAGAAAAGCUGGAAGAUUUUAUCCAACUCGUUUGGCUUUGAAUAUUGCAACUGGACAAAAUAAACCAAUAACAAGAGAUAUUGAAAAAGAUGGAUAUAUUGUUGUUGAAACAAAUUAUCGAGUGUAUGCUUAUACAAAUUCAGAUCUUCAAGUUGCUUUGCUUGGUUUAUUCUGCGAAAUAAUGUACAGAUUUCCAAAUUUAGUAGUAUCAAUUUUAACUCGUGACUCAGUACGUCAAGCUCUGAGAAGUGGUAUAACUGCUGCACAAAUUGUUGGUUAUUUAAAUCAACAUGCACAUAGUAAAAUGAUUGACAAUGGUCCACCAACACUACCACCAACAAUUGUCGAUCAAAUAAAAUUAUGGGAAAAUGAAAGAAAUAGAUUUACAUUUACUGGUGGUGUUUUGUAUAAUACUUUUUUGUCAAAUACUGAAUACGAAGUAUUACGUGAUCAUGCACAAUCAACAAAUGUUCUAAUUUGGCACAAUGACAAAACUCGUACAGUUGUCGUAUCAAAAGAUAGUCAUGAUGAUGUUAAAAAAUUUUGGAAACGUUACUCAAAGGGUUCAAGUUAAUUAUAAAUUUUUUUUGUAAAUAUUUAUUUUAAUAUUAUAUUAUGUUAAUAAAGUAUGUUUUUUUUUUUUUUUUAAAAAAAAGAAUUUAAAUAUAAAAAAAAAACAAAUUGAUAUUCUAGUUUUAAUUUUACGUAUUUAUUUUUUUCAUUGAAUUUCAUUCAUCGUUGUGGUGCUGCUUUUGGUUUU